GCAAGUGUGCAAUACUCUAUCACCUCGUACCAAAAUCGACCUAGAAUUUCACUUUCCUAUAAUUUAUAUGAAUUAUGAAAGGUAUUCUCGGAGGAUCUAUUUUCUCACCGAUACCGAACAGGUGGCCAUUAAAAUCAUAGACAAGACACAAUUAGAAGGGGACAACAUCCAGAAGAUCGUCCGCGAGGUCAAAGUAAUGAAGCUUCUCAGUCACCCGCACAUCAUCCGUCUCUAUCAAGUCAUGGAGACGGGUAGAUACAUGUACCUUGUUACAGAGUAUGCCAGCGGAGGAGAAAUAUUUGAUCAUCUUAUAUCGCACGGUAAGAUGACGGAGAGGGAAGCCCGUCAGAAGUUCAAGCAAAUCGUUGCGGCCGUCCACUACUGUCACAAACGUGGCAUAGUUCAUAGAGACUUGAAGGCUGAAAAUCUUCUUCUUGAUGCUAAUAUGAAUGUUAAAAUAGCAGAUUUUGGUUUCAGUAAUUUCUUUGAAAAGGACAAUCUACUGAAGACAUGGUGCGGUAGUCCUCCCUAUGCCGCCCCAGAACUCUUUGAGGGUAGGGAGUAUAACGGUCCAAAGGCUGAUGUAUGGAGUCUGGGAGUAGUAUUAUAUGUAUUAGUAUCUGGUGCUUUACCCUUUGAUGGAAAGACGUUACACAGUUUGAGAGCAAGGGUUUUAUCAGGUCAAUUUAGGAUACCAUUCUUCAUGUCCGAAGGUUGUGAAGAUCUAAUAAAACACAUGUUGAUCCUGGACCCAGGCCGACGUUACACGACAGACCAGGUCCUGAAUCAUCGAUGGACCAAGGCAGAUGGAGCAGACCCAGUUUUUGAUAAGAUGUUCGCUGAACACAACGUUGAAAGCGAUCGGGAGGAACCGGUUAACGAGCUGAUCCUUCAACACAUGGUCUCAAUGGGGCUGAAGACGGAAGAUAUUAUGCAGUCUAUAACAAACCAAAGUUUUGAUGAGCACAGUGCAAUCUACAACCUCCUGCUUGACAAGCAUCGUCGUCACCUGAGGGCGUCGCCUGGGCGUGUCAUGGGCGAGGCCACGGAGGAGAGCCAAUCAGCAGCUGCCCUGUAUGCCUUGGCGAUUGGGGAGGGCGCCGCCGCUCAACGCAACCUGAUGCUUGGUGAUCAGAUGAUCCCUCAAGUUAAUGUGACCAAUGAAGAUAACCAAGUUAUUCAGUCUAAUGACCAACUAGAGGAGAUGGAUAGUGACCCAGAGGAGCCAAGCCCAGAGGCUCUGGCCCGCUACCUCCAGAUCCGCAGGAACACCGUCAUCCCUGGUGACCCCUCCGGCCAUAAGCUCCCUGCAGCCUUACGGGCCAAGCUCCCACCCCCUCCACAGCUGGCCGGUCUGGGCCUUGGUGGGGAGGGCGAUGCCCCCCUGGCUGGCCUGAUGGGACUGCCCUUCGGUGGGGCAGGUGCUGCGUUCAAUAUGAACUUGCCACAGAACUUGCCUCUGUUGAAUGCUAUACCCAACCAAGCAGAACAACAGCUCAAUUAUAAGGAGCAGCACCUGUUGAAGCCGCCAGCCCUAGAAGCCACUGCUGGGCAAUCUAACUUUGGUCGUAGGGCAUCCGAUGGGGGCGCUAACAUGUAUCUGAAUAUCCAACAGUUCAGGAAACAGCUUCAGACUGCGGUCAGAACCAGUCAACCAGGGGACAUUGAUGCUACUGGACAGCUUGGUACGGAGACAUUACAACAGAGAUUAUCAGAUACAACCAUGCCAGAGGAAGAUGAAAACUCAGAUGGAGAGCCUGAUGAAGAGGCAAUACGAAGAUAUCUCAACAAGGGUCGAUGCCGGCACACCAUCGGCCCCGAUGUUCUCUCAACCAACGACAUGCCUAUCGUCUCCCGCACCCGACGGGAACGCUUCCUCCAACCAGAGCGCCCCCCUCACCUCUUUGCCUCCACCAACGCCCGGCGAGCCUCCGACGGCAUGCCCAAUCUCCAGUACUACCAGCGGGAGCGUCUUGAACGACUGGCUGCUACCGGAGGGGGUAGCAGCAGUAGUCAGAAGAGUUCUCUGAAACAGCUUCAUAAGGAGUGUCAGCAGUUACAAAAGCAGUUCAGCUCCCCCGUUGAUGCACGAGCCUUGGAGAUUCAGCAGCACCAGCAUCAGCUUCACAAGGAAAAGAUGCACACUGGCAUGUUAUCCCAUUCACCAACGGGGAUAUCAAGCAUGUCGCCUCACCUCUCACCAGUUUCGUCCAUUCGUAGUGAUGUCCCCAUCGCAGACAUCCAAACGCAGCAUCUCCAGCAGCAUCUGCAACGCCUACAGCUCCAACGUCAGUCGGACAGUCCUCCAAGCCUUCGUAAGCUACACAGCCCAGGCAGUAGAGCGAGCCCUCCAUUGUCCAGCUCGCUUCCCGUCCACCCGGAGGAGACUGGCGUCGAGAGUCCAACAGAUACAAGCUUCCCGACCAAUCCCUUGGACACAAUGGUGGGAUCACCGCAUUCUGUUUGUAGCCAGCCUGACGAGUCUGUUCCAAGCCCAGUAUCCGCUCAUUCCGUUCACUCGCACCGAGGAGUGGAGGUGAACCUGAAUGGUCCAGAUAGGUCUAAUCAAGGGUCGGGGAGUCUUCGAGGGGAUGGAAGCCUGGAGCAUGUUGGUAUCAAUGGUCCGCUCUUAGAGGAGACGGAAGAUACCAGAGAACGCAGAGACAGUACCCGUAGAGACAGUAACCAGAGCCUUGAUAGGGAGCAACAUAGCUCCAGUAUCGACGCGGAGCAGUUGAUGCAAGCCAUGGCAUAUCAACAGCUUCACAUGAUACAACAGAACUCCAACUACACUAACCAGCUUGGCAUGGCUGGCAGCCCUGAUACCGUCCAACAACACCUUCAGCACCCGCUCCAUCAGAUCCCCAUUCAAGAUUUUGCUCACCUGGCUCAUAGACACUUACACCACACCGCCCCACUCUCGGCCGUCCCCACCGAGCCUCUCCACAUAGGUAUGGCCGCCCAUCCACACUUGCCUAACUACCAUCCCUCUGCGGCGCAAGCCUACCUAGCGGCCCAGGCCAACCGAGAGCUGAACGAAGCCUUGUCGGUCAGCAACGAGGUUCCUGCAGGGAUGUCGGCAGUGCCUUUCAGUCAACGCUAUCUGCUUCCUGGUAUGGUUCCUUCCCAGUUAGAACAACAAGCUCAAGAGUUUGAGGAAGCCGAACUGCAUCACCAGGUGUUAGACAACACGACUCAGAAUCAAGAAAUGCAUUCCAUUAGUGGGUUUCAAGGACUCUUCCAUUUGGGCUUCCGGGGGAGUCAGGGUCAACUACGCAAUCACCAGCGUCACCACUCAGCUCAUGCAACAACAGGGCAUGUCCAGACCCAGCUCUUACAAAGAACCUUUCGUGUCCCUUCGGGUGAUAUAUUCAACAUGGCGAACAAUAAUAACUCAGGCAUGACUGUCGGUCUCGUCAAACUCGACUAUGAGGGCGGCGUUCCGCCGUUGAUCAGGCAGAGUAUGAACAUGAGUUGUAUCUCGUUGAGCGACUCGUCGGACCUCGCGAGCGAACCGUCGCCGAUAAAGCAUGCGAAAUCAUUCAGUAUGACAACGUGUAAAGAACUUAAUGAAAUAGUCAACGAAAUCCGAAGGACGUUGGAUCGCAGGCACCCCGAAUUAGUUUACACGAACAACGAAAAUAUGUUUGAGUUGCAACAGAACGGUGUGGAGAUGGAAAUGGAAGUGUGUCGGGUUCCGGGUCUCGCGCUUAACGGUCUCAAAUUACGGAAAAUAGCAGGAGAUGCCAGUCAGUAUAAGGAAUUAUGUAGCGAAAUUCUUCAAACAAUGAAGCUCUAGCGUAGGCAUCUUUUCCUGUUUCGAAAGCACAAAUGGGGAGGAGAUAGUGUUUCCAGUUUGAUGUUAAUCGGAGGAAGGCACAAGCUUAUGUCCAAGUGAUUUUAUUUGUGAGUGAGAUAAAUGUUGCAGAUGUCAGAAAUCAAGUGAUGAUUUCUCUUAACAUGGAAAACAUACAUUGCAUCAAGAAGUGCUUACCAUGGUGGCUACUAAAUUCUGUAAUUCUAUAGGCUUUGUAGAGGGACCACCCACUUCCAUUAAUCAAUAGGGAAUUCUGCAAUUCCCAUUGGGUUUGUACAGAAACCUCGUUUCAGUAGGCUAAGAAUGGGUAUUGGCAUUGACUGCUGAAUUCUGUAAUUCCUAUAGGCUAUGUACAGGGAUCACCUGGUUCCAGUAGGCAAUGGGUUAACCUGUUGACGUAUGAAUUCUGUAAUUCCCAUAGGCUUUGUACAGGGAUACCCUGUUUUAGUUGGCAAUGGGUUAACUAUUGAAGUUGGAUGCAUUCAGAGCCCUUUAUUUCUGUGCUUGCCUAACAAAUAAUAAGAAACGAAUUGCCCAAAUACUGUGAUAAAGGGCCCUGAUUGCCUCCAAUUUUGGUGGUAAACUGCCCUGAAUCGCCAUCUAAGCCUGCGAUGUAUGAUCGCCCCUUUGGCCCUAUGCAAGUAUGUAGUACAGACACACCAGCAAAACCAACUCCAGACCAACUAAAGCUAAUGGCCCGUAUUCUGAUGUCUGGUUUAACUUUGGCCAUGGUCUAACUCUGUGCUUAUAUUAUGGAAAGCCAAAAAUGUCAAAUUCUGUUUACAUUGUAUAUUUCAUAUGUUGACUGAACUCUUUACUCAUGCUUUAAUGAUAAAGUCAACUGUCUUAUUUAUCAUUCCCAGACAGUUCUGAUUGAUUUGAAUGUCAAAACAGCUGAUAAAUCGAACUUCUCUUGUUAGGGAUUUAUGUCAUGAUUGGCUUUCCAUAGUAAAACCACACAAUUAGACCAGGGCUCCGUAACACGACGAUAAGCGAUCAAUCGCAAAAUGAACUGACCAAUCAAGAUAAAUUUUACAUGCGCAUCUGGCUAAGAGUACUGACCAGGAACCAAUUAGAAGUGUUCUGUCAUAUUCACUAUUCAUCGCUAAGCUUUGUGUUUCGGGGUCCAGAGUUUCAACCUUGAGUUUAGAAUAAUAUAAGCCAUUGUGUUAUCUCUGUUGGUUGACUCGGGGCUGUUUUGUUGGUGUGCCCCAAGUGUUCCACAGUGAUCCCGGAAGUACUUCCUGGAAUAGUCAAAUUUCAGAAUCAUCAUCAUUAUAUAAAGAACUGGGGUCUGUUUUCAACUUUCCAUGAAUCAAUGUAUUAACAGUGCUAUCUUCAUCCUAAGAAAUGUUCAUCCAAGUAUUAUUCUCGCAGUAGCUAUGUAUUCUUUUUUGCAACGUCUCCACUUUUCUCUUGAUAUCCAUGUAUAAUGAAGGGCAAACAUCACUGCUAUUUCAAUAACAGAAAUGAUAAUGGAAUGGCUACUUGAAAUGUUUGUUGUAAUUCCCAUCAUCAUUAAUCCAAAUUUAAGUUAUGGGUAUUAGCCUAAAAUUUGUGAAAGCUUCCUUUCAUCACACUCAUAAAACCAUUAAGGUCAUAUUGAAUUGUUUCUUGACCUACUGAAAGUUAGUAUUAAUCCCCCCCCCCUUUGCUCAAAAAAUGAUCUUCUGAUCAAAUGCAAUACCCCUUGUUCAUGAAGUAUUCAGACUUAAAUCAAAAGUCUUUGUGAAGUAAUUGAAAUGAUGAUCUGAGUAUAAGAGAUAGUAUUUUAUAAAGUGCAAAUUGCAUGCAUCAUGCGUUGUGGGAUUGAUCAAGUUAAAGUGUUUGCCCAACCUAGCAAUGCUCAAUGUUUGCCAUUUAAGAUUCCUUUAGAAAGUUAAAGCUCUUUAGGUAUUUACUCUUCAAUUGAAUAUCAAUACUUUAUGAAAAUAGUCUACUGUGAGAGGCAUAACAUAUGGGCCUAAACUUUUACUCCUAAGAUUUGAUGUCUUCGUUGAAAUUUUCUGAAGUAUAUUUGAAUAACUGCCCUUUUUGACACCAAAAAUGAAUUUUUCAUAAAAGAUAUAAUGUGAGCACUUGUAUUUUUAAAACCUUGUGUAUGAAGAAAUCAUGGAAGUAUAAUUUAUGCUAUUACAUGUACGAAUGUAGAAAAAUUAAAUAGUAUUUUUUAUAAAACACCUUGAUAGUAAAUUUGAAUCACGUUUUAUGUCGAUAAUUAUAAUAUCUAUAUAUUUAUGUGAAAAAUCAUUGAACAGGCUUGCAUGCUAUAUUAUAUACAAUGUAAAUUAUUACUUUAUAUUUGAGUAACAGGGUUUUAUUUUAAUAGCAUGCACCCCUAUUGUGUAUCAGAGUGAAUAUGACAUUUUGGGUUUGGGGAAAGAGUUUCAACAAGUCCAAAUUUUUAGACAGAAAUGAGAUCAAUAUCUCGCUUAUACAGUGUAAGAAUGAAUGAAUGUUCUUGUACAUGUAGAUGUUUUGUCUCUCAUUGUCAAUGUGAACAUUUUUAUCCACUUUACUUUUUAUUAUAUUUGGCAAGCCAAUAAUUUUCAAUGGCAAUUGGUGACAGGUUAACAGGUUUAAACAGGUCAAAGUGAUUUAGGAAACUGUAUAUUUUAGACAAAUGUCUCUUUUAUGAAUAGUCUAUGGGGUUGUCUUUUGAGCAUUUUUACCUAAUUUUAUAUAUUUUUAGGGAGAGGGAGUUGUUUGUAUCUUCCUACGCAUUUUCUCAGAGGGUUCUGAUAGAGGGUGGUAUAUGCAAGCCUUCUUAUCCUCAUUCAGAUAUGGUGAGCUAGAGCUCAGUACUAUUUUGAUUACUGUUUGUAAACGCUGUGACAAAAUGCAUCACUUGUGGGAAUCAACACACAUCCAUGCUUCAAGUUCCGUUAUAUGCUUUUUCAGACUACAAACAUCAUUAGCCCCAAGAAAUGGUUCCAUGACAUUAAAUCUGUCGACAAUUGCUCUGCUCUAAAUUCCACACACUAAUGGGAUGACCAACUUCAACCGUGGAUUUAACACUAUACCCAGCCUAUCCUAGACCUUACCCUAAACCUAACAUAAAACCCUUUUGCAACCCUUACCAUAUCUUAGAUGAAAUAAAGCCCGGAGCAAUUGUCGCAGUAGCAAAUGUUGCGUUAUCCCAGUGAACAGGUGGGCUAAGACUCCAUAAUCAUCAAUAUUCAUGAGCUGUGCGAUAGUCAGGGGUUAAGGCAUUAACCCUGGAUAAGCAAAUGAUGUAUUAAGAAAGAUAAUCUGGUACACCCCCCAAAAAAAUAAAGUGUUGAGCUUAAGGGUAGUCUGGAGUCAAGGAAAGUUUGAAAUCAAGAAACUGUAGUCUGAAAAACACACUUUGUCUGAAGUUGCAUGUAUGGACCCAUGACAUCACAAUGUUUUCAUUCAUAAUGGUAAAGGCAAUCGUUGUGAUGUCCUGAAAUUUUACAUACAUGUGCCGAAACUUUUUAAACUAUUCACAAGGUUCAUUUCAUGCCAACUUUUAUCUAGAAUCUGAUCAAACGACAGCUUUUUGUUGCCUUCCGACAAAAAAAUCAGGCAGAAGUCAUUUGAGUGUAUGGAUAUAAUAUGAUCUAUUACCAAAGUCUAUGGUAGGUCAUUUUAAAUAAAUAAGAAAAAAACAGAACAAGGAUUUUGUGUACGUCCAUUGGGGACUUUGGCCAGUUUUUCAUUCAUUUUUGGUCACUUUUUGGUGGAAUUGUGGGAUAUAAAUAACAUGCAAGAUAGAUGCAUGUAUAAGUAACUAUUUCCCAUGAAUGGCCCAUAUUAGCCAAGAGAUGGGCCCUGUUUAUAAAGACUUAGGCCUGUAUUCUGAAGUUGGGUUUAACUUAAACUCAGGUUUAAAGUUGUGGUUUAAGUAUGGUUAGCCAAUUGUUACAUAUCACUAACAGUAGAGAUAUCAUAUUUCAGCUCAUUUGGCUUUCAAAUCAUUCAUAAUUGUCUAGGAAGUAUAAAUAGAUGAUUGUCUGCACCAUCGAUGAAUCAGGAAAGAGCCCAGUAAAUAUAAGAAACGUACAACUUAAUAAAAAUUUUGACACUUUUGGCUUCCCAUAAUUUUAGCACAGAGUUAGACCAUGGUCUAAGUUAAACCUGACUUCAGAAUACGGGCCUUAGUUUCUAUAGAAAGAUAACCAUCAACCAAUCAAAUUGAAAGAUUUCAAUAGCUUUAAAGUAUUAUUGCAGAUUAGGUAUAUUACAACAAGGUUUAUGAAAUGGGCCCUUUGGACUUGGGGUCAUUCUUAUAUUCAUAUACUCAUUUAUGGAUGCCUUUUCUCCCAUUGAUUUUGUACACAAAAUUUUACUGAGCUUUCACGCCAUUUCUGAAGGAGCCUUCAAUACAUGUAUGAAGGUAUUAUUAUUGUUGUAAGAAGGUUAAAUUAAUUUAUAGGAACUUACAUGCUGAGGUAUAUCUCCAUUGAAAUAAUGAAAGACAUCAUUAGGCAGCUGAGUAGAUUAUGUGUAAUUAGUAUUAAAUGAGAUUUUAUUCGUAAAGCUGUAUUUUCCAAAAGAAUUAUGCAAUUUUGAUGAUGGUUAAGUUUAAUCUCGCUUGUUGAUUGAAUCGCUUUGAAGAAAAAAAGUGUUGGGGAGUUUCUUAUCAAAUUAUUGAAUUUGGAAUUUUAAUAUAAUCUUGAGUAACGUAAGCCCAGCGCACACUGUGAGAUGCGAUCACAUUUAAAUCCGAUGAAUCGCAGGCCAGCGCUUCAUGGCACCUCUUUCCUGCGCACACAUUGCAACAGCUCUUCAACUUGUCACAUCUCUGUGGCACCUCCUCCUUCAAGCGUCACCUGCCCUGCAGCAGCUCAGCAUAUUGGUUGUGACAUCAUCGUCUAGGACAAAUCUGAAUGGCUGAAAUAAUCAAAUCACAGGAAGAUUUGACAUUUCUAAUGCCUGAGAUUGGGUCUGUUAUUCUUCUGCAACAGAUCGGGUGGGUGUUUCAUAAAGCUGUUCGUAAGUUAAGAGCGACUUUAAGAACUUAAGAACAUCUUUAUGAAACGGCCCCCGGAUCACAGUUGCAGCGCGUUGAAGGUUGGGGCACACUCUGCGAUUUUGUUGCAAUCGGAUCUUGGCGAAUACGCAUCACAUAGUGUGUGCUGGGUUUUACCGACAGCUGUAUUAAAUGGCUUCAAGUACAAGGUUUUUGCCCAACAUUCUUUAAAAAAAAAACCAUCACUAUCUUGAUCAAGGGUUCCGCUUCACGAACACUUGUUUCUAUAACAAGUUUACUAUCAGCCAAUCAAAUUGAAUGAUUUCAGUAGCUUAAAACUGUUAUUACAAAUUUGUUAUUACAACUAGUUCAUUGAAUCCGGCCCAAGGAGAUUGGGAUAAUAAUGUCAUGUUGCACUUGUAAAUAUGCACAUUAUUGCAUUGGUAUGGGUAUUCUUAAGAAUGUGCAUACAACAUCUUUGUGACUCUGACACAAGAUAAUGUGUAAUGCUUGAUAAUUGCUGCAAGGUUAGAUAUCAUAAAAUUUAAAUUAUUUGAAUGUUAUAUUUCGAUGACAUUUCUGUGAGAAAGAUGAACUGACCACACAUGUAUGAAGCUUGUAACGUUUUAGUGUUUUUGAAUCAGCCUUUAGUUUUGUUUAUUGGAAUAUAUUUUUUGCUGUUUUCACCAUCUCUUUUACCGACGCUCCAUCUCUCUCUCUUCCUCUCUCUUGAUUUCCCUCUCUCUCUCUCUCUCUCUUCCUUUCUCUUGAUUUCCCCCCUGUCUCUCUUCCUCUCUGCCUCUCUCAGCUUUCUCUUAAACAUUUGUUCUGCCUCUCUCUCUCUGUCCAUCUCGAUUUCUUAUCUCUCUUCCCUUUUUUUUUUUUCCCGUUUCUCUCUUCCUUGUAUUCUCUCUCUCCUCGCCUCUAUCCUUCCCUCUCCACUUCUUCAUCUUCUCCUCUCUUACUCUCAUUUCUGUCCCCUCCCUCUCUACGAUGUGUUCACUGUGUAAGUUGCAUGUGUCAUUUUCCUAUAAGUAAUUUGUCAUUGUAUUGCUUGUGAUUUGCUGCAUGAUUCAUUAUGACUUGUUUGAGAAUUUUCUGAAUUAAGAAUGACCCCAACUUCCCUCCAUUCAUGACCAAGUCCUCCUUCUCACACUACCCCUCCCUUCCCUCCCCCUAUCCCUCCCUUCCCUCCCCUACCCCUCCCAUCCCUUCCCCUACCCCUCCCCUCUCUUCCCCUCUCUCCUCCCCCUUCCCAUCCCUUCCCCUCUCCUUCUCCCCCUCUCCUUCCCCCUUUACCUCUCUCUCCCACUGCUUCAGUCUAAAUCUACUACUCCGUCCUUUUCCUCUGUGCACCCUUGGAUUUGUCUUCUGUCACCUCUGCCGCCAAGCAAGGUUACCCUCACGCAAUGCAUCUCUUGAUAUUAAACAGAAAGCAGUGACUCCACCACCAGUGAUCCUGUUGAAUCCAGGCUAUACCCUAGUUCUGUAAAGCUUGCAUGUGGUGUUUACAAAUAGACUGCAUCAUUAGCCAACAAGGGGAUUUAGGCACCUUGUCAAAAGGCAUGGCCGUGGCUGUCCCCACAGGAAUCCCACAAACCACUUUUCAUUACCAAUCGUUUGAUUGAUUUCAUCAUAGACAAAAUAAUGGGUGAUGCAGGGAAGCAGUAAUGAAAAGAUGCAUAGGCCCGUAUUCUGAAGUCGGGUUUAACUAAAACUCAGGUUUAAAGUUGUGGUAUAAGUAUGGAUAGCCAAUUGUUACAUAAAUCACUAACAGUAUAGAUAUCAUAUUUCAGCUCAUUUGGCUCUCAAAUCAUUCAUAAUUGUCUAGGAAGUUUAAAUAGAUGAUUGUCAUCAUCAUCAUCGAUGAAUCAGGAAUGAGCACAGUAAACGUAACAAACAUAAAACUUAAUAAAAAUGUUGACACUUUUGGCUUCCCAUAAUUUUAGCACAGAGUUAGACCAUGGUCUAAGUUAAACCUGACCUCAGAAUACAGUCCAUAUUGUCUUUAAAGUGGGAUUGGUGCUUUGAGAUGUGGCAAAUACUUCUUUUCAGUUUUAUUGGGAGAGGCAGAAUACAUGAGGAGGAAUAGGGUUCUCCAAAUUGGCAAACAGACCAUGUAAAUGUGUACCAUGCUAUCAUGGCCAAAGAGGGAGUAUAUCUCCUUUGCGAGACACUUUAUUAUCUUUAUUAGGAGAAAUGGGUUACGCUUGUUAUUCCAAAGGUAUGUUGUUUUGAUACGAGCAAAUUAUAUACAUAUACAUGUACCAAGAUGUUUAUUAUUCCGAUAAUGAAAAAGGGUUCGAUCAUCUGAGCAUUUGUGGCCUUGUUCCAAAAGUUUGUUGGUCUUAAAAGUGAAUUGAGUUUGUUAGUUCGAAAAUUUAAAAAGAAAGGUCAGUUCUUCCAAAGUUUUGAUAGUCCAAACAUGAAAUAAAGUUUGUUAAUACAGAAAUAAAUAGAGCAGUACAAACCUCACUUCACUUCUUGACUAUCAGACUUUGUUUUCAUUUUCAGAUUAACUAACAUGUGAAAUAUUGAACCUUGUUUCAUUUUGGAAAUAACAAGCUUAUGUGUCCUGAAACAAAACAUAGUUAAACCUUGUCCACAUAGUAGCUACUUCUGUAAUUUCUAUCUGCAAUCAAAUCACAUGUUCUUGUUUGUGGUAAAAUUCUGAGUUCUUUAUCUUAUAUUAGUUAUAUUGAUCUGUGAUGUAAUAUCUCAAUGUCUGUUUGUCAAGAUGCCAUAUUUGUGAAAAGUCUUAACGACUUCCCAUUCGAUCAUGAUGAAUUCAUUAAAUUGUAUAAAUACAAAGCUAUAUAUAAUAUAUAUAUUUGUGACCUUGGUUAAUUGUUUAUUUCAAUUAAAAAUAUUUGUAGUGAUGGUUGAAUAAAUGCGGGGAUGAAUACGAGCCUCCUAUGAUAUUUUGUGGAAGUAAA